AUGUCCGUGACCUCCCUCUCUGCGUACUCGCAGUACUUCAAGAAGCCUGCCUUCACGGUCCACAUCCCUCCUACGCUAUAUGUCGCCGGCUCGUCUGUCACUGGAGAGCUUGAGCUCGAUGCCAACCUCCUCCGAGACGAUGACAUCGAACGCAUAUAUGUCGAGUUGCAGGGAACACUCCUGACGAAGAACCGCAUUGCAGCAGAUUCCCGAGAAUUCAAGAUAGUCGAGAACGAGUUCCUUCGGAGAUCCACCACACUGUGGGUGCGCGAUGGCUCCGGACCCCCCGCGCUCGGGGACGUGAUGAGCAUCCCGUUUGAACUGCAACUUCCUACGGACGCGCCGCCGUCGUUCGGGUUCGAGACCUUCAUGAACAACGCCCAUAUACGGUACGCCGUCGAGGUCACUGGCGUCAGAACGGCGACGUUCGCCGUCAACAGGACAGUCAAGUUCCCCAUCGUCGUCCUCUCGAAUGAUCCGAUCGGCAGUGGGACGCGCGCCGAGCUCAAGCUUGGAUGGCCUAGCGAGUGGGGCAGGCUGAAGGUGGAGAGUGGCAUCCGGAGGUAUCCAUGGGGCGAUUACUCGCACGCGAAGAUGGAGCUCAUCGUCCCCCAUAUGGACACGUUCCCCCUGUUCACGGACAUCCCGUAUUCAAUCAUCAUCACCGCUCUCUCCGCACCGGUCAAGCGGAAAGGAAACGAGGGCCCAGACAAGAACCUCUACCCACCGAUUCCGCGCUCGGCGUCCGAGCUGGACUUUGAGAUGCGCCGCUUUGUCGACAUGGAGACGCCGUAUAAGCCUUCGAAUCCCGAAGAGCAUGUCGUCGACAUCAUCUCCAAGGCGCAUACACCGAUACCACCGGUCGAGGUAGAGAUCGGGGACUACCUGUGGGUACCUGAGCAGGGGCGUCAGGACCGUGGGCGGUGGCAGCGGAGCGUGACCUUCCACUCGCACAUGAAUCUGUGGUACACUCCGACAUUCCUCACCGAGGAGCUCAAGAUCAAGUACACGCUGCUCUUGCGCGUGGAGUUUCCUGGGUCUGGUAACGCCCUCCGCAUUGUCAUGCCCAUUACGAUUGGUUCCGGGGUCGAGACUUCCAUACCGCUCGACCCGGCAUCGCCCAAGACGAUUGACCUGCCUUCGUAA